AUGGUUGCCCCAAGACGAAGGAAUCAGCCACUGGACGCAGAACAACAUGAUGCUAAAACAACGAACCAAAGUGAUUGGCCUCGCGAUGUUACGAUCGCCCAAAACACGGAGAUAGACAAAGCAUGGUUCACCUGGAAAUUACAACGCCAUCCAAAUUAUGAGAAUAAAGAAGAUGAAGAAUAUAGAAAAUAUAUUUUUUCUAUCAAUCUGCAUUACAUCAAGGGUCAGCACAAACGCUAUAAGGCUGGACUGGAAAGUUACAUGACUAAAUUGAACCAAUUUGCUAAUCUGACAUUUUUGGAGUUUGCUGAUCGUUUUCUAGGAACAAAACCUCAAAAGAUGGCUUUGGGAAAGCCUGCAAAGCCAUGGAUAUCAUCUUUUGCCUUAAAAGACCUUCCAGAUACCGUUGAUUGGAGAGAUAAGAAUCUUGUUACUGAAAUCAAGAAUCAGGGUGUCUUACGUUAA